AUGAAUCCCGAGUGGCCGAGCAUCCCGAAUAGCUGGACCACCUCCUUAGCGGAGAAUCACCCUUGUGCUCGGCCGCCUAACCUUUUACUAAGAUACGAUUAUCUUUUCAAACUCCUGCUUAUCGGAGACUCUGGCGUUGGAAAGUCCUGCCUUCUUCUCCGAUUCGCCGACGACACCUACACGGAAAGCUAUAUUUCCACCAUCGGUGUCGACUUUAAAAUUCGGACUAUCGAACUCGAUGGCAAGACGGUGAAGCUUCAGAUCUGGGAUACUGCUGGCCAAGAGCGAUUUCGAACCAUUACUUCAUCUUACUACCGUGGUGCUCACGGUAUCUGUGUCGUAUACGACGUGACUGAUAUGGACUCCUUCAACAAUGUGAAGCAGUGGCUCCAAGAAAUUGAUCGCUAUGCCACCGAAGGUGUCAAUAAGCUCCUUGUUGGUAACAAGAGCGAUAUGGAAGACAAAAAGGUUGUGGAGUACACCGUGGCCAAGGAGUUCGCCGAUAGUCUAGGAAUUCCAUUCCUGGAAACCUCGGCCAAGAAUGCUUCGAAUGUUGAGCAAGCCUUCUUAACGAUGGCAAGACAGAUCAAGGAACGUAUGGGUACUGCUACUGUUAACAACAAACCUACUGUGCAGGUUGGUCAAGGUCAGGGUGUUCAAUCUGGAUCUGGAGGUGGUUGCUGCUAG